GUGCUGGUCAGCAAGUGUGGACGCCCACCAGCGCUUUUAUUGACCUCCGGGGUAUAAGGAGGUAUCCCAGCAUACCUUAGAAGCCUCUCUGGUAAUCAUGCACACUCCACUGCCCUGGGCUCAGCUGACCCCAGCUUUAAAUGCCCCGGGAAUUUUAAAAAUCCCCUUCCUGUUUGCUCAGCCAGGUGUGGAGUACAAUCAAUCAUUCAAUCAAUCAGCAACCAUGCCUCCACGCCCCAAACGAGCCCCAGCAUGGAACAAUUCCGAGCUGCAGGACCUCAUCAGUGUUUGGGGUGAGGAAGCUGUGCAAGCACAGCUGCGCUCCAGAAGGAGAAAUUAUGAUACCUAUGGGCAGAUAUCACAGUCCUUGCUGAGAAGGGGCCAUGAACGGGACGCGUUGCAGUGCAGGGUCAAAAUAAAAGAGCUGAGGAGUGCUUACUGCAAAGCCCGUGAGGGAAAUCGCCGCUCAGGAGCUGCCCCCACAACCUGCCGUUUUUACAAGGAGCUGGAUGCCAUACUUGGGUGUGACCCCACUGCCAAUCCGAGGACCACGAUGGAGAGUUCAGAGCAGGGAGAAGUGGGGGAGGGUGUAGAGGAAGCCGACAGUGAGGCUACUGGCGUGGAGGGAGACACCCCGGAGUCCCAGGAGGCAUGCAGCCAGGAGUUCUUCUCAAGCCAGGAGGAGGCUAGCCAGUCACAGCAGCUGGAAGUUGCUGGUGAGGAAGAAACUGAGGAGCGUGCUCGGGUGACCUUGACUAAUGCAGCCGGAUCACCGGCCUCACGUCGCUUGCAGAACUUGAGAAAAAAUCCGUGAAAAUCAAAAGAAGAAUUGAUCAAAGCAGUUAUGAUUCACUACAACAGAGAAAGUAGGAAGACGCAGGAAUGGAGAGAGAAAAUGUAUGAGUGGAGGCAAACAGAAAGCAGGAGAAAGGAAUUGGCUACCAAAAAAACCUCAAAGCAGAUGAUAAGCCUCCUGGCUCGCCAAACUGAGUCUUUCGAGUCUCUCGUAGCCAUGCAGGCAGAUCUGUACCGUGGUAACCCACACCCCUCCCAAAGCUCUCUUUCUUGUUCCCCAGUAUUUGCACAAAACACCUUUCUCCAGCAGCCAGUUUCUUAUUACCCCCUGCUGCCCCCAACACCUGUACGAUCACCUACCAGCCCUGAUAACUACAAUUCUUACCCUGUGCACUCCACCCCCAUUACCCUGCAGCAUAGUAAUCCUGAAGUGCAGCAGACAUUGAACAGUAAUCCAAACAGGACAUAUUCAAACCUCUGAAUGUACAGUCCACCACCCUAACCCCCCUGGCCUUUUAUGUACUGUACUUUGAAUAAAGGAUUUUAUGGCUUUUACAAUACGUUUUAUUAUUGCAGGAAGUGGUAAAUAUUGUACCCCAAGGUAGAAAGGAGCACAGCAAAGGCACCAAACA